CAAUCCUACCGUUUUCCCACCUGCUUCCUUUUCCUCUAUUCCCAUCUUGACCACCAAUUAACCCGUAUCUAGCAAAAGCUAACUGUGUUUGAACAAAGCCAAAGUGAAAAUAUCACAAUUAAAAAUGAACCAAGCCGAAAAUAUUGCUUAUGAUUUGGUCAUGGUCACUCUAUCCAUAUCUCUCAUCGUUCUCGGUGUUAUACUCUUUCUUGCUUGCAAGAAGAAACCGGUUAAGUCAGAGGAAACACUUCCUGUAAAGCUUUGUGCUCGUGCAUACCCGUUGAUGGAAAUUGAUGCUGCUACUGAUGGCUUCAAUCAUAGGAGAAUCGUUGGUCAGGGUCGCUUAGGAACUGUGUAUGCAGGGACACUUGAGCAAGUAGAACUUGUAGCUGUCAAGCGGAUUCAUCCAGUUCUUGUGUUGAGCAAUGCAGGAUUUGGGUUCUCAUCCGUGUUAAAAUGGCUCUCUUUAGCUCAUCACCCAAACGUAGUUCCAAUUAUAGGAUUCUCAGAAGCACCGGGUGAAAGAGUUAUACUAAUGGAGUUUGUGCGCAUGGCAAGCCUACAAUUUUACUUGCAUCAAAACCCAGAUGGGGUUUCACUUUUGGAUUGGAACAAGAGGUUCAGGAUUGCAGCUGGAGUAGCUAGAGGGCUUCAAUACCUGCAUGAAGUGGUAGCACCAAACAUUGUACAUGGGUGUGUUAAGUCCUCUAAUAUUCUUAUUGAUGUCAACUUCUGUGCUAGGAUUUCUGAUUAUGGCCUUAACUUUUUGGCACCAUUAGAAAAAAGAGGGCUAGUAGGUUAUGUAGAUGAUGAGUAUUGGAAUGAAAGAGGGGGUGGAGCUACCAAGGAAAGUGAUAUCUAUGGGUUAGGGGUGGUCCUAUUGGAGCUUUUAAGUGGAAGAGGAUGUGAGGGAGGGUUGUUGUCAAAGUGGGCAUUGCCUUUGAUAAAGGAAAUGAGUUAUAGUGAACUUUUGGAUCCUAGGCUUGUGAUUCCUUCUGACAUGAAGCCUCUGAUUAGAUUAGCCAAAGUUGCUUCAGCUUGUGUUGGUAAUUCAAGGAAAUGUAGGCCUUGUGUGGCUCAAGUAGUAACCAUUUUGAACAACUUAGAGACGCAAGUGUGCCUCUGAUCCGUUGGGUUACCCCAUAUGAUGUAGUCAAAAUUAAUGUUGCAAUUGCCUCCAAUUUUGUACAAAAUGGAUGUAGACCGAUUGCUAAGAAAUGGAAAAAAGAUGGCACGGAUCUCUGGUCUGAAAAAACUCUAGUCUUGUCAUAUGAUAAGUACCAACAUUGAUAAAAGGGAAGAGGGAUGAAGUGCAAUAAAUUCGGUUAGUUAGUUUGAGAUUCAUAGGAUGCCGGUGAUUGGUACGAAAAUUGUAAGAAUUUCAUGAAGGUGGGGCCUUAUCCCUAACUUGUGACAGGUUGAAAAGCUAGAGAAUCAUUUGAUGGGGAAUGUUGAAAUAAGAAGGUCGGAAGGUGCCGUUGUCCUUACUUAGGACGGUGAAUAUUAAAUCUCUUGUUCCGUGUGGCGUAAGGAGUACUUCUGGUGAUGAAAGGGACCUCUCUCGCUCUCCACUCUUAAUUUCCAUCAGCUUCUAAUGUGUGAUAUAUAAAUUUAUU